GCAGCUGGAGGUUCUAGAUCUCAAGGUCUAAGGGGUUCCCUGAGGGAGAUGCCCCUCCCCUAGCUGCCCCAGGGGCUGUGUGUGGUGUGUGAGGAGCCUCCUCUGCUCAGGCUGCCUCCCUCCUUCCCCAGUGCUCCCCCAGCUUGCCUGUCUAAGGCAGCACAGGGCCGUGCUGCCAGCCACCCCUAGGGUCAGCCCCAGCCCUGUUCUGAGCCUAGGUGAGGUGCCUCUGGGGUGGGGUGCAGACAGAUGGGUGGGAGAGAAGGAGGCAGGCAGGGCGCCCGGCCGGAAAUGGGGGCGGGGAGCAGAGUCCCCGCCCAGAGCCCAGACUGCCGGAGGAUACAGGCCAGAGCCGCCUGGACUGGGCGGCUGGGCAGGAGAGGGGAGGGGAGGGCCCAGGCAGCCCCCGGUCGCUUGCUCCAGGGCAGGUGGACUGAGCUUCGGAGGCUGGGGCUGGCCUGUGACCUGCUUGGGCUUGGAAAGCCCUGCCCGCUGCCCUGCCCCCCAGGACAAUCAGGGAUUCAGACCCUGAGGCCGAGGGGGGAACAAUGGGGCCCUUGAGGGCCCCUCCUCCAGCCCCCAUUGUGCUUGGUGGCGAGAGGUGGCCCUGGCUCGGCCACACACCCUCGGGGAGGACCAGCAUCCAAGCAGGUGGAAGGGCUCUGAGGGAGACUGGAAUUUUCUGGCCUGGAGAAGGACCCGCCCGCCCGCCCCUAUGACCAACAUGAGCUGGAGCUUCCUGACGCGGCUGCUGGAGGAGAUCCACAACCACUCCACCUUCGUGGGCAAGGUGUGGCUCACGGUGCUGGUGGUCUUCCGCAUCGUGCUGACGGCUGUGGGCGGUGAGGCCAUCUACUCGGACGAGCAGGCCAAGUUCACUUGCAACACGCGGCAGCCAGGCUGCGACAACGUCUGCUACGACGCCUUCGCGCCCCUGUCGCACGUGCGCUUCUGGGUCUUCCAGAUUGUCGUCAUCUCCACGCCCUCGGUCAUGUACCUGGGCUACGCCGUGCACCGCCUGGCCCGUGCGUCUGAGCAGGAGCGGCGCCGCGCCCUCCGCCGCCGCCCGGGGCCCCGCCGCGCGCCCCGAGCGCACCUGCCGACCCCGCACGCCGGCUGGCCUGAGCCCGCCGACCUGGGCGAGGAGGAGCCCAUGCUGGGCCUGGGCGAGGAGGAGGAGGAGGAGGAGACGGGGGCAGCCGAGGGCGCCGGCGAGGAAGCGGAGGAGGCCGGCGCGGAGGAGGCGUGCACUAAGGGGGUCGGCGCUGACGGCAAGGCGGCAGGGACCCCGGGCCCGACCGGGCAACACGAUGGGCGGAGGCGCAUCCAGCGGGAGGGCCUGAUGCGCGUGUACGUGGCCCAGCUGGUGGCCAGGGCAGCUUUCGAGGUGGCCUUCCUGGUGGGCCAGUACCUGCUGUACGGCUUCGAGGUGCGGCCGUUCUUUCCCUGCAGCCGCCAGCCCUGCCCGCACGUGGUGGACUGCUUCGUGUCGCGCCCUACUGAGAAGACGGUCUUCCUGCUGGUUAUGUACGUGGUCAGCUGCCUGUGCCUGCUGCUCAACCUCUGUGAGAUGGCCCACCUGGGCUUGGGCAGCGCGCAGGACGCGGUGCGCGGCCGCCGCGGCCCCCCGGCCUCCGCCCCCGCCCCCGCGCCGCGGCCCCCGCCCUGCGCCUUCCCUGUCGCGGCCGGUGGCUUGGCCUGCCCGCCCGACUACAGCCUGGUGGUGCGGGCGGCCGAGCGCGCUCGGGCGCAUGACCAGAACCUGGCAAACCUGGCCCUGCAGGCGCUGCGCGACGGGGCAGCGGCUGGGGACCGCGACCGGGACAGUUCGCCGUGCGUCGGCCUCCCUGCGGCCUCCCGGGGGCCCCCCAGAGCAGGCGCCCCCGCGUCCCGGACGGGCAGUGCUACCUCUGCGGGCACUGUCGGGGAGCAGGGCCGGCCUGGCACCCACGAGCGGCCAGGAGCCAAGCCCAGGGCUGGCUCCGAGAAGGGCAGUGCCAGCAGCAGGGACGGGAAGACCACCGUGUGGAUCUGAGGGCGCUGGCUUGCGAGCUGGGCCAGGGAGGAGGACGGUUGGGGGGCUCCGGUGGAAACCUGCAACCCCUUCUCCUCAGCCUUCUCCUUAGCCGGUGGCCUCAGGCAGACUCCGCCCAGAGGGGCAGCCAGGCUGCUCAGGGAAGGGGCUGAAAGCGGCAGAGGAGUGCCCUGGCUUGGUCACCACUGGGGCCAAGGUGGGGUGGAGAGAGGGCCUAGGAGCCAGAAAGGGCCCUCUGCUGUGGUCUGAACCCCAGGGGGAGUGGGGCAUUGACUCCUCCACCCCUGUCCUGAGCUGGAAUAGGUCCUCUGGGAUGCCAGCUCUCCCCUUUGUGCUUCCUUGCAGCAACCCAUGGAGGCCCCAGGGUGCCUGGUAUGGGCAUCAGUUGGUGGGGGUGCGGGGGUGCGGGGGUGCGUGUCCCCAUUCCCUGCAACAGCAAGUGGGGCUCCUUCUUCAGCCCUCCCCUUCCCAGCCCCAAACUGAGACAGACUGGGAACUGGGAGCCUGGGGUGGACAGGACCACACCCUCUUUGAGCUUCUGCGAUGCCGGCCUUCCGUUCCUCUGGGAGGCUUGAAGUUCUGCAAAGAUGUUGACGUGCUUUGCAGCUUGGACCCAAUGGGUGGUGGUCAGGGCCUGGGGGAUUGGCCAUGAUGGGGGAAUGGGGCUCUGGGUUCCUGCCUGUGGCCUGUCUGUCCUCCUCCCUAAUUCAGACCCAGCCUCAAGAGGAAAGGGAGUAAAAUAAAACUAACUUGUUUAUAACCUUGUGUGUGCAUGUGUAUGCAUGUGCACGUGUGGCUAUG